UUUGUCUGGAAGUGACCGUAGUGCGCCAGUACGUGCAAACAAUUGGUAUAGCAAGGAUGAGAGUCAGGCACGAGGGUUUCCACUGGAAGCUGGGUUUUGGUGGUGGUAUAUGCAAAAAAAAUGCGUCCACCGCGGGUGAACGGAAGGAGAACGACGCAUGCAGGAGGCGUGUUUCAGCCAAAAGAAAUACUACUCUGAUAUCCGUGGAGAACGUCGCAGACCCAGGUCACAUUGCUGAGCGGUGUUUGUUUGUAGUGCGGAAACGGAUCAGAACGCCAUGGUGCCUCGUGUACUCCAGGGACAGUCAGAAUCCGCCAUAAACGUCGUGGGAAUGAAGCAGGCAGAAUCUUUGUCUUGGAGACUCAAGAAGGAGACCUUCGACCACAUAUAUACCAGCGACUUGCUACGGGCAAAGCAGACAUCCUACGAGGUUGCAAAGCAUCAUUCCGAAACUCCGCUGAGCAAAGAUAAACGCCUGCGAGAGCAAGAUCUUGGAGAUCUCACAGGGCUCUCGUGGCCCGACGCGAAGCAGAUAUUGAAGGAAGAAGAUCGCUCGUUCGACGAUCACAUUGCGGAGAAGGGCGAAAGCAAUCGUGCAUUCAAAGAGCGUGUCAUCGACUUUUACACGGAUUUGAUCGAGACGCAUCUUUUGCAACCACACACGCAAAUGUUGCGCGCGACGUCAACCGACUCCCUAUUGCAAGGCGCCGCCUCCCAGCGAACUGGGCUGGGGUCGAUUGAUACAGUUGAGGCAUCGGGUAUCGCCACGCAAGAGCGAAGGCCCGAGCAAACGCAAAGUCAGGGUGAUGCAUCGAACAGCACGCAACAGCCGUCAGGACAACCGAGCGAAACGAAAGAAGCAUCCGCAAAUCAAGCAGCAACAUCAGGCGCAACGGGCCCCGGAACCGUAGUGACGAAAACGCGACAAACCUUUGCCCCACGACCACCCCGAAUGCGACAAAUCAAUAUCCUUGUCAUCACACAUGGCGGGUGGAUUCAACGCCUCAUGGAGCAUCUUCUCGAUGACCUCAACUUCCGUGUAGACUGCGCUUUGCUCCCGGGCUUCCCCAAGAACACAGCCGUGUAUCGGUUCGUGAUCAGCAAAGUGUUCGCAGUUGAUCUCGAUUACGAGUGGGAAGGACGAUUGAAAUUGAUGAAUUGCGUUGCUCAUCUGGCCGGGGCGAGCAGGCGAGAUGUUUCGGCAACAGCUGGAGCUCUGAAUUCUGCAUCUCGAACAUCUUCUGGGAGGGGCUCUGCCUCGAAUAGCCCUGCGAUGUUACGCAGAGGAGUAGGGAUGAAGGGAUCUAAUGCUUCGGGAUUGGUGUUCAAUCCAACAGCGAAGGAGGGCGGGAGUCAGAUACCGGGGUCGAAGGGGAUGCAAAACGCUCAUCAACCUUCGCCCGCGGCACGGGUGAAGUCGUUGGGAUGGUGAAUUAGCUACAUUUUUGGGACUUUCUUACAAUACAUUAAUCGAAACCUUAGAACGCAAAAGUAUCUUGACGGUCCAACGCGGG